GGUGGAGCGUCUGAUAUGUCUACCUUUAGUGUGGCGAUUCAAUAUCAAAGUGAAUAAUUUUCUGUGCUCUCGUGGCCACCUCUACAAUCACCGAGGAGUUACAAUGUUGGUUCGCGUAUAUUACAGUCAUUAUGUGAGAAAACAUCUGAAUUACAAAAGGAGCUGUUUCUGUCCUUCUUAGUAUUCGAUUAUACAUCCAUUCCACCCGUAGUAUACCUUCCCAACAACCAAAGCCAUACACCAAAUCGCGACUUUUCAUAACUUUACUUAGAAUACUUAGCGGUACUGAGACACACGAUGGUCUCGGCCAAUCCUUUCUGGAAGACGAUUCUGCUGAUAUUCGCCGCAACUUUUGCUAUUGCAGCUCCAACAUCCCACAAUGCAUGCUCUCUCCAGCCAAAGGAGCCUUCUAAUGGCAGACUUGUCUUCUGUCACUUUAUGAUUGGUAUUGUAGGUGAGCGUGUAGGUCCUCAAGAUUAUGACUCGGAUAUGCAGCGUGCCAAGGCACUCGGUAUCGAUGCCUUUGCUCUCAAUAUUGGAGUUGACCCAUAUACGGAUACUCAACUUGCCUUUGCAUACCAAUCUGCCGCAAACAAUGGGAUGAAAGUUUUUAUUUCCUUUGACUUCAACUGGUGGAAUCCAUCAAGUCAGGCAACGCAGAUUGGACAAAUGAUUGCAAAAUAUGCAGCUCUACCUGCGCAACUUUACUUUGAGGGCAAAGCCUUUGCUUCCUCAUUUGCUGGUGAUCAGCUUGAUAUCGCCGCACUACGAGCUGGAGCGGGUAUUCCAAUUUUCUUCGCUCCCAACUUUCAUCCAGAGAUGGGAACAAACUUCGGGACUAUUGACGGCGCUUUAAAUUGGCUGGGAUGGCCCAAUGAUGGAAAUAACAAGGCACCUACUCCUGAUCAUAACGUCACCGUUGAAGCCGGUGAUGCGGCUUAUAUCCAAGCACUCGCUGGAAAGCCCUAUAUCGCACCGGUUUCUCCUUGGUUCAGCACUCAUUUCGGACCAGAAGUGCCAUACAGCAAGAACUGGAUUUUCCCAUCCGAUCUAUUAUGGUUCAACCGUUGGAACGAAAUUUUGACUCUCGGACCACAAUUUAUCGAGAUUGUAACUUGGAAUGACUACGGCGAGUCCCACUAUAUUGGUCCUUUGGAUUCGUUGCAUUUCGAUGACGGAAACUCUAAAUGGGUCAAUGAUAUGCCUCAUGAUGGUUGGUUAGAUAUGGCUAAGCCAUAUAUCGCUGCAUACCACGCGGGUGAUUCUUCGCCAAACAAGUAUAUCACCUCUGAUCAACUUGUUUAUUGGUAUCGACCCAAUCUACGAACUCUUGAUUGCGAUGCUACAGAUACCACGAUGGUACCCGCUAAUAAUGGCAGUGGAAACUACUUUCAGGGUCGACCAAAUGGCUGGGAAGACAUGCAAGACUCGGUGUUUGUCGUUGCUAUGCUUACAGAGCCAGGAAUUGUUACGGUUAUGUCCGGAGAUAAUGUUCAACAGUUCAAUGCACCAGCUGGAGCUUCAGCAUACCAAGUAGACAUGCGAGUUGGCAAGCAGCAAUUCUUCCUUCAACGUGGCACUGAGAUUGUGUUGGAAUCUGUUAGUCGUCAUGACGUCACAGACGUUUGCAUUUGUGGUAUUUAUAACUUCAACGCAUAUGUUGGAACUGUACCAGAUAGUGCAUCUGGCCCACUUCUUCACGAUGGCUUGGCGUCUUUGACAGCUGGUCUUCAUGUUAGUACAUGUAGCGCAACACCAUCAUUGCCUACUGCUUUCAUCAGGCCAACAACGACACCACCUGGAGGAGGAACUCCUGCUCCACCCACUACAACCAAGCCCCCGACUACAACACCACCAGUCACGACACCACCAGUUACGACACCACCUACCACUACUAAGCCUGUCACAACUACUAGCACAACUUCCACGACCUCAUCUGUACCAUCCGGUACAUGCGUUGCGGGGAUUGGAGCUGAGAACUUUAUCGGCUUGUGCCAAUUCUCAUGCAAUUUCGGUUACUGCCCAUCUCCAUGUAAAUGCACCAGCUACGCCGCAACUGGAAUUGCCGCUCCUCCAGUAACCAACACACCUGGCUAUCCUCUUGCAGGUGAAGACCCUUCAGCCUACUCUGGUUUGUGCGAUUUCACUUGCAACCACGGUUAUUGUCCUCCUACAGCUUGUACUUAUAACAAGGACGGCUCUCCCAUCUCAUCUCCCGCUCCUCCACCAGCCCCCACGACGAUUGUAACCUCUACCAUUUCCACCUCCACCACCACAACGAAGACAAGCGCACCACCAUCAGCUCCAACUGGAACUAAAUAUUGUGUUCAAGGAACUGGCCCCGGAAAUUAUCUUGGUCUGUGUGAAUUCAGUUGCAUGUAUUCUUAUUGUCCUCCAGGUCCAUGCACAUGUACAAGUUAUGCAGAUACACCUAUCCAAGCACCCCCAGCCGAUAGCCCGCCCGGAAGACCAUUGCCUGGUGAGGAUGAUAGUUAUUUAGGUCUUUGCAGCUUUUCUUGUAAUCAUGGAUAUUGCCCUCCUACUGCUUGUGCUUCUGGUUAAGUAAAAGUGGAUUGAGUGGUUGAGGGUGGGGGCUCUCAGGUAGAAGUCACGAGAAGCAGUGGAUUGCUUCGAUUAUGAUUCUUAUGAUAUACGAUUAUGGAUAUGGCGUUAGGGCUUGUUUGCCGAUUUCAAGGAACUGUACAUUUAAGAGAGGGUCCGUAGUGCCUGUAUACACGCGGAAGGACACGGAAAUUUUAGCUUAUGCAUGAUAUGGAUAUAUGCUUUAGUGCUUGUGUAUACUUUUGUAAAAUAUUUAUUCACGGAAGUUUCAGAUAUACAGAGAAACGAUUUUUUGGGCA